AUGCUCUCACCGUCGCCUCUGAAGCCUUCAGUUCCCUCUGCGUCACUACUCCGGUUCCUGCGUGCUCAAUCCGAGUCGGUCCUCUUUUCGACUAACCAGCCGUCGGCAUGCCGCCGUAUUUCUACCAGACUGCCUCACUCGUCCAAUCCGUUGCCAUUGGAGGGACAUUCUAGUCGAACGCGCUUAGAGCUCAGUCCGUGUCGAGUUCGCCUAUUCUCCGAAGUUGAACCUUUGCGAUGUCGCAUGUCACGAUGCGACACUCUUUUAUCCCAGCGUCUUUCGCGAUCCCCGCAAUCCCGGAACUUCUCAUCAACCAGAAGCCGACCAAUUCUGCGCAGAUUCUGGGAUUUUCGACGGAAGAAGCAGGCUGCUGAACCCCGCCGGGGACCUUCGUUGCUCGACGAUACAGAAAAUUUGAGCCUUGCGCGAGCGCUAGCGGCCAAAGCCUCCAACGAGCUGCGCCUUCGAUGCACCGAGUUUGAUAUUAAUGGAAAUGUCACUUUAAUGAAUGGAGAGUUCAAAAAAAGCGAACUUAUUGCGAAGUAUGGCCUUCUUCCGCGUGAUCUUCGAAAAAUCGAUUCCUCAACGCUGCCUCAUAUUUUCGUGCGGCCCAGUACUAUCCUGAUCAACCUUCUCCAUCUCCGCGUUUUAAUCAAAGCUGAUCGUGUCCUGGUUUUUGACGCAUAUGGCUCGACGGACUCAUAUAUGCAAUCUUUGUUUGUAUAUGACUUGGAGGGCAAGCUACGGCAGAAGCAGGCUCAGAGCACGGGUGCGGGAUCCCUGCCAUAUGAGUUUCGAGCCCUCGAAGCUGUCUUGAUCAGUGUGACCACUGGCCUAGAGGAAGAAUUCAACGGUGUUAGGGAGCCGGUCGUGCGUGUUCUGCGCGCUUUGGAGGAAGAUAUUGACCGGGAUAAGCUCCGACACUUGCUUAUCUACUCCAAGAAGCUGGGCACAUUUGAACAAAAGGCACGGCUGGUCCGAGAUGCGAUUGACGAUCUACUAGAAGCGGACGACGACCUGGCUUCUAUGUACCUGACUGAGAGAGCAAACGGUUUCCAGCGCGAAGAGCACGAUCACCAGGAAGUUGAGAUGCUCCUUGAAUCGUACCACAAAGUCUGCGACGAGAUCGUUCAAGCUAGCGGCAACCUAGUGACCAGCAUCCGCAACACAGAAGAAGUCGUUAAAGCUAUCCUCGACGCAAACCGCAACUCUCUCAUGCUUCUUGAUCUCAAGUUUAGCAUUGGCACUCUCGGCCUCGCAACGGGGACUCUGUUCUCCGCCCUCUAUGGCAUGAACCUGAAGAACUUCAUCGAAGAGUCCGACCUCGGCUUCGGCGCCGUCUCCGUCACUUGCUUCGCCAUCUCUGCUCUCGUGUGCGUCUACGGCCUCGCAAAGCUACGUAAGCUCCAACGUGUCCGCAUGUGGGGGGAAGCCGGCGUCGGCGGAACCCCCAUCAUCCCUCUCCACUCUUCUCGCGCUAGCGCCGUUCCAGGCCACCGCGCCAAUUGGCGUGCCGACUCCAUCGAGCCUGUUUGGGGCAGUCUGCCGGGUGAGGGAAGGGCGGAGCGUAUGAAGCGCCUGAAGGAUAGCUCUGCUGCGGCGGCGGCCCGCUCGGCCGCGAGUAAUGCGGCGAGCACGAGGGCUGCAAGUCUGAGGCGUGCGAUCAGGUUUCCGUCGGAUUCAGCGGUGAAGGGGAAGGAGAAUCAGAAGGAUGCGGCUGCUGCUGUUGGCGCUGAUGCUGAUACUGGGGUUCAGACUCAGAGCGGGGGUUCUACUGCUGCGUGAUUGCGUUACCUCCACUCAUGCCGUCCUAUAUCUCUCUAUCCAUUACCGCUUACCGCCACGUAUCAUGUAAUCUAAUGCCUGACUGAUACCAUGUAUAGAGUUUGCUCACGUUUGUUUUCCGGAUGCAUUCGAAGCUGGUGGAGUUCGGGUGGCUUCUCAAUCGAAGUAUUCUUAUAAUCUAGAUAAAAAAGAAUAGAAGAUAACUCACAAUAUA